AUGCUCGGUGUUGCCGGCAUGAUCAUCCCCGAGGCUCUGACCUCCGCUGGUCUCCUGAACGUGCCCGUGUGGUACGACACCGGUGUCGCUGAGUUCUGGUGCCCCACUCCCACCCUGUUCGCGAUCGAGUUCAUCCUGUUCAACUUUGUUGAGCUUCUGAGGUGGCAAGACAUCAAGAAGCCCGGCAGCGUGAGCACGGACCCCUUCGGCAACACUCUCCCCCCUGGUGAAGUGGGUUACCCCGGCUUCAACCCCAUGGGUAUGGGAACCGACUUCCGCUCCAAGGAGAGCGAGAUCGCUAACGGCCGUACCGCCAUGAUCGCGUUCUUGGGCUUCAUCAUCCAGUCCCACGUCACUGGUGCCGGUCCCUUCGCCAACCUGGCUGCUCACCUUGCCGACCCAUGGAACACGACCGUCUUCCAGAGCCUGGACAAGUUCCUGUCUUAA